UACUAGUAGUCUUACACAUUGAACACAGUCAACCAUUCAUUGAGCUCUCGAAGUUCCUGAGUGGUACGCAGCCACUGACUCCGAAACAUGGUUUCGCAACGAGACAAAGAACUGUUUAGAGACGAUGUUCGCUCUCGAGGAAAGAAGCUCAGUGCUGCUGAUCGUGAAAAUCUUCUAAGACCAUAUUUGCCAGAUCCGUCGGACCUUCCACGCCGGCCACCUCAGCGGCGCAAAAAGGCUUCCCGAAGAACACCUAUACGGACAUUCAUCAAGUCGCAGGUGCAUCUACUUGCCUACACCGUUAUUCACAUCAUUUUUGGAAUUAUCUCUCGAGUCACUUUAAGUUAUUUUGCUGUUGUGGACAGAAUUUUUGCCAUCAUUUAUUACCACCACCGAACGCCAGAAUUAAUACGAAAAGAUGUGAAGAGUUUAAAACGCUUGCCUGAACAUUUGAGUGUCAUAUUAUCACUGCGCAAAGAAGACGAUGCCCUAGCCAUUUUGAUGGACGAAGUAGCAGAGCUCGCAACGUGGAGCGUGAGUUCUGGAAUACCCGUCCUAAGCGUAUAUGAAAAGACUGGUGUUUUGAAGUCCUGCAUUCCUGUCCUUUACCAGGCCAUUAUGACCAAGUUGUCCUCUUACUACGGUUCCCCGGCGCAGCAACCAGCAUUGCGACUGUUUGCUCCACACCAUCCAAUCUACAAUCAGCAGCAAGGCGUGGCGCCUUCCAAUAGGCAUAAUGCCAGUUCUCUCACGAUCCUUCUCCUAUCUGCCACUGAUGGUCGGGAAACGUUUGUUGAUUUGACCAAGACGUUGGCGGAAAUGUCGCAGAGUGGUAAACUUUCCCCAGAAGACAUAACCAUGGAAUUGGUCGAUGCGGAAAUCAGCGAGAUCACCACUCAACCUACUCAGACAACCACAUCCGUCUCUCGGGGUAGGACAGCGAUGGGCCCCUAUCACAAUGGCUCCCCGGUGAAGCCUGAGCCUGAUCUUCUUCUGGUUUUUGGCCCAUUUCUGAAGCUAGAUGGAUAUCCACCCUGGCAUAUUCGACUUACCGAGAUGUUCUGUACCGGCGGUAGGAGUAGUGGUAUAACUAAUUGCGACGAGGCCGUUGAAUACCACGGCUUUCUCAGGGGUCUCUGGCAUUAUGCUGGUGCUCAGAUGAGGUUUGGCCGAUGAAGGCGGUCUGUCGUGCUUGUAUUCCCUGGACGAUUUCUUGUUAGUGUAGUCGAGUUUCCAUUUGAAGAUGGGACAUAGAUACAGAUAUCGAAAAAGAGAAAAAAAAAACAGCGGGCGCUAGCUUCCUUUCAUUUACCAGGGUGCUAAGCCGCUUUGUUCGACGAUCCUAUAUAGUUAGUCGGAACUUAGACAGCUUUCUUGGGUUAUUUUUGUAGCCCAAAAUGGGUUAGUAAAAGAGAGAUAGUGAAAUUCGCCAAUAUAUAAA